UUCACAUCGCCGGUCGGGCGUCCCCAUGAGGAGAAGGAGGCGGCGGCGGCGGUUGGGCGGGCGAGGAUGGGCUCGUUGAGCAGCCGCGUGUGGGGGGGUCCCAGAGCCGGGGCGGUGGAGGGGGCGGGGGGACGGAGGGGCGACGGGACCCUCCCCAAACGGAAGCGGGGCGAGGGGCUGAGCGAGAGCGAGAGCGGCGAGGAGAGCGACGGCGAGGAGCGGCUGCUCAGCACCCCCAGGAGGAAAAAGCUAAAAAGCACUUCAAAGUAUAUUUAUCAGACUCUGUUUCUGAAUGGUGAAAACAGUGAUGUUAAAAUAUGUGCCCUGGGAGAAGAAUGGAACUUGCACAAGAUAUACCUCUGUCAGUCUGGCUACUUUUCAAGUAUGUUCAGUGGGUCUUGGAGAGAAUCCGGAAUGGACACAAUAGAAUUGGAAAUUCCUGAUCAGAAUAUUGACAUAGAAGCCUUACAGGUUGCCUUUGGCUCACUUUACCGGGAUGAAGUGUUAAUCAACCCUAGCAGAGUCAUUGCCCUUCUAGCAGCUGCCAGCAUGUUACAGCUGGAUGGCUUAAUACAGCAGUGUGGUGAGACAAUGAAGGAAACAAUUAAUGCAAAAACCGUGUGUGGUUACUAUAAUUCUGCGGGAACAUAUGGAUUAGAUUCUUUGAAAAAAAAGUGUCUUGAGUGGCUCUUGAACAAUCUGAUGACCCACCAGAGUGUGGAACUCCUCAAAGAACUCAGCAUAAACCUCAUGAAACAGCUGAUUAGUUCCUCUAACCUGUUUGUCAUGCAAGUAGAAAUGGACAUAUAUACUGCUUUAAAGAAGUGGAUGUUCCUUCAGCUGCUGCCUUCUUGGAAUGGAUCGUUGAAACAGCUGUUAAGUGAAGCAGAUGCCUGGUUCUGCAAGCGCCGGAAAGAUUUUGAGGAUGGGAUCUCAUUUUUGGAAACAGAACAAGGAUAUGCAUUUAUACCUGUGUUCAAAUAUCUGAGGCUGCAGUAUAUAAUCAGCGAUCUGGCAUCUGCAAGAAUUAUUGAAAGAGACAGCCUGAUCCCUGCAGACUGGCUGUUCUCUGUUUACAAACAGCAGUGGUUUGCCAUGCUUAGAGCAGAACAAGACAAUGACUUUGGGCCUCAAGAGAUUAAUAAAGAGGAACUAGAAGCAAACAGUAUGCGGUGUGGUAGAAAACUUGCCAAAGAUGGUGAUUAUUGCUGGCGAUGGACAGGCUUCAACUUUGGCUUUGAUCUGCUGGUCACAUACACCAACCGUUACAUUGUCUUCAAGCGCAACACGCUCAAUCAGCCCUGCAGUGGCUCCGUCAGUCUGCAGCCCCGGAGAAAUAUCGCUUUCAGGCUGCGCAUGGCUUCUUUUCAUAGCAGUGGGAAGCUUAUCUGUAGCAGAACUGCAGGAUACCAGAUACUAUCCCUGGAAAAAGAUCAGGAACAAGUAGUGAUGAAUUUGGACAGUAGACUGCUGGUCUUCCCUCUGUACAUCUGCUGCAACUUUCUCUAUACUUCCCCUGAGAAGAGAAGAGAAAACGAUGGGCAGUGAGAUAAGCCAGCCAGCCGAGAUUGACUUUUGAAACAUCUUUUGUGGUCACUCUCAUUUGGAAGCUCCUGAUGCCCUGAAAGAAACGUCGUGAAAUGGUCUUAUCUGUUGAAGAGAAAGAGAGGGGCAUCUGACAUCCUAGGGUGGUCAGCCCAUGCCCAGCCGUUAUGACUAACGGGUGAGAUACGUUGGGAGCUAUAGUUUUUGAGGCAUUGUGAGCCACUCCUGCUGCAGCAGAUAUAUGGAAAUCCCACCUCACCUCUCUACAUUCCUAUACACCCGUCUGAAUAGCUGAAGCUACUUACUGUUACCCCAUUUUCUCCUGUGAGUUCUCGGCCCUAGAGGAUGAGACAUAGAAGGAUUGCCACCAGUUUCCUGGCAAUACAGGAAGACUUUGAACACCGUUCAUUAGCUGGGCCUGCUUAAUUAAAAGGGAGUGGGAUGAUGUAUCAAUAAAGCCCACAAAUUAACUUUAAUGGAGAACACAACAUUUUUUUAUGGUCUCUUGAUUUGUUCUUCUGACCAAGCCUUUCAUUGUUAAGGGUCAGUUCCCGGCUUGGUGAAAUCUCUGGAUUGUUUUUAAUUCAUUAUACUUGUAAAUAACUUCCUAUUGAGUUGAAAACUUUAUAUAUCCUGUUAUGUUUCCAAGAAAUAUAUAUAUUUUUAAGCAUUGAUUGUAUUUUUGAAGAGUCAUUUUGUAGAGUCCAGCUGCCUCAAUUCAGCAUUUUUAAUUCAUCAGAUCCAUCAUUUAAUUCUAAGAUAUACUUUUUUUUACUUUUGAGGAUUUGACUUGAAACAAAAAACCACUCCCAAAGUGAGUGGGUCAGCCUCUGCUAGUCUAGGAGGCCACAUCCAGUGCAGAGAAAAAUGGCUGUAGCUGAGAAUUGCCUUUUGACCCACCCCACCCCACCCCCAGGUCUCUCUGUCGGCUUGUGCUCUGUGGCCAGAAGGGCCCCUGGGGGAAAUCCUGGAUCCUGUGAAGCUUUCCAGGCACCCAAGUCUCCUGGGACUAAAGGUUCAUGCAACGUGUCUCAGGACUACAAAAGCUAUCCUGUUAAAUACAAGCAUUGGGAGCCUGUUUUUACUGAACUCCAACUCGGAGGGGGAAUGUAAAUCCCAUCUUCAGGAAUGUAGAAUUUUUGAGUUGUAUUUUUUUUUAUUUGAACACUUUCUUUACUUUGCAUAAGAUAAAAUUGCUAUUCCAAAAGUUGCCUAUCAUUAGCUUGCUAUAAUAUUUAAUUCAGAAUAUAUCCCUCAUGAGUUACGAAGAUAAAAUGUCUUGUUCAGGACAGUAAAACAAAGACAGAUUGAGAAUAAACUAUCUGUAGUUUAGAA